AUGGAUUUUUCAGAAAACCAAGACUUUGAGCCAGUGCAGUAUUGUUUUUAUUCUGGGAAUACAUCCUGCCCAAAAGCAGUUAGGUCAAUGGCCUUUUAUGUGAUUAUUUACAUUUUUGCAGCAGCAUCCGUGAUGUUGACAAUCUGUGGGAAUCUUGUGGUGAUCAUUUCGAUCUCCCACUUCAAGCAACUCCACACACCAACAAAUCUUCACGUGCUGUCUCUUGCUGUCGCAGAUUUUCUAAUUGGUCUGAUUGUGAUGCCUUUCACCAUUAUUCAAACAAUUGAAACCUGCUGGUAUUUUGGGGACAUAUUUUGCUUUGUUCAUACAGUAUUUUAUCUUGUGUUAACCUCAGCUUCUAUUAGCAGUUUGGUAUUUAUAGCUAUAGAUCGUUACUUUGCUGUAUGUCAUCCAUUUAUGUAUACCCAUAAAAUAACAAUAACUGUCACAUGGUGUUUUAUUGGACUUAGCUGGUUGUUAUCAAUGGUUUACACUUGGGCAAUUUUAUUUUUUAAAGGAAAUGUUGAUGGUGUUACUGACCUAAAUGCCUGUCCUGGAGACUGUGUUUUUGCAUAUAAUGCAACAUGGGGAGUAGUGGACCUGUUCAUGACAUUGCUUCUUCCUUUUUUCUUAGUGGUUUCAUUUUAUACAAAUAUUUUUAUUGUUGCCAGACGACAUGCAAGGCUAAUUAAUUCAAUGUCACAACAAAUCUCAUCUAUUGAAGGAAAUAAAGAAAAUAUAUCCAAAAGAUCUGAAAGAAAAGCUGCAAAAACAUUAGGAAUUGUAAUAUUUGUUUUUUUCCUUUGUUGGGUACCUUACUAUAUCUGUACUUUAAUUGUUCCCAAUAUGUAUAUUUCUAAUCCAUCUCUGGCUAUUCAUGUGCUGAGCUGGGUGAGUUACUUUAAUUCAAGUUUGAAUCCAAUUAUUUAUGCAUUGUUUUAUCCUUGGUUUCAAAAAUCUUUGAAACUCAUAGUGACUUUUAAAAUUUGUAGUCCUUCUUCUUCACUAAUAAACUUAUUUCCUGAAAAUUAG